AUGGAUCCUCCCCACAUUGAAGCCAUCACCCGACAGUUGGCACAAUUACAAAAUCAAUUAACGGCUGUCCAAACUGAGUUAGCCGCUACGCGCGAGGAGAAUAGAGCCCUAACCGCUAGGGUAAACACUCUUGACCCAACCCAAUACUCAACUGAGGCUGAAAAUUCUGACGCUUCCAUUAAUAGACCUCAUCGUCGUCCACAAGGUGGUCGACACCAUACUAGACAUGAUCGUAGGGAAGGAAAUCAAGCUCGUGGGCGCGAGCGGGAAUAUCGUCGUCAUGAUCCUAGUGUAUUCAAUCAAUGGGUUAGGGAUAUGGAUCGCUUCUUUGCCUGCGUUGAGGACCUCCUAGAGAGGCGCCAUGCUCCCCCUGUUGGGAAUUGGAAUGAAAUGAAGCGUCGCCUUGAAGAAAAAUAUUUACCUCAAUCUUACAGGGGCAACUUGCUGGAUCAAUGGAACGCACUUAUACAAGGCAGUCGACCUGUGACCGAAUAUGUUGCUCAGUUUGACGAGUUUCGAAUGAGAUGUCAGGUCGUUGAGGACGAAAUCAUGACUUUGAGUAGGUUUAGGCAAGGCCUACGGGAUGAUCUUAGACGUGAGCUUGUUCUUAGAGGUGUCACCACUCUUGACCACGCCUACUCUUUCGUUCGGGAUUACGAGUUAGUGACUAGGACACCGUACAGAAGUCGUAGUGACUCCCGCACUGCAACCUCUUCUGCAUCCGCUCUAUCCCCUAAGUCUAUUCUAGGACCUCCUCCUCCUAAUCCUACCCCUACAUCGGAUAGUAAAGGUAGAGGUUCUGAGGUUUCAAGAACGCCCUCUCGUUUACAAUGCUUCAACUGUAAGGGUUUUGGUCACAUUGCUUCUAAGUGUCCUAGCCGAGCCCUAGUUUUGGAAGAGCGUGAAGGUAUAGUUGACGAGCCACUAGAGGAUCAGGUGUAUGAGCCUAAGUUAGAAGAGUACGAUGACUUGGAGGAUAGUGAAGAUACCUUCUUGGAUUGUAUCCAGGCUAGUCCCCUUAUCCCACAUACACCUAGGGUCGGUGUCGUCCGUUGUACUCUUACCCAGCCAAGGGAUGCCGAUGAUUGCCGCCGUCAUGCCAUCUUCCACACUUACAUCAAGAUUAAUAAUAAGGGCUGUAAAGUUAUCGUGGAUAGUGGCAGCUGCAUUAAUGCGGUUUCGAUGACUACUGUAUCCCGUCUAGGGUUGAAGUCUGUUCCUCACCCUCAGCCAUACAGCGUCUCUUGGGCUGAUACCUCCUCCAUAGCUGUCAAAGAGCGUUGUUUAGUCCCUAUCCAGUUUCUUGAGUAUAAGGACCAUAUAUGA